AUGGGGGGAAGAGCGUUCUCAAACGACUUUCCACCAGGUUCAUUCCCGAGGCUCCCACCAAGGCUGUACCAAGAUCUCAAAGAUCGUCUCACCCCCCUGUUACAGACAAUCUACACCCUCGUAGAAGUACCGCCCGAGGCUCCAGGAAAGAAGGAUCACGGGGAUAUCGACUUCGUCGUUGCUCAGCCAAUUCAUGAGAGUGAGGAUGCAUUAACAGCUCUGGUAGCACAGGUCCUUGGAGCAGUCAAGAGCGUGGAGAUGGACGGCAAUCGAACGUCUAACUACGCUCUUGAACUGAACGCAGAGGAGUGGGAGUUACUCAAGUUCAUGCAUGGGUACGGCGACCUCGGAAUCAUUAUAGCUGGCAUUGCACGGUGCCACAACUUGAUACUCGGAACCAAAGGACUCAAGGUCUCGAGCCCACCAGACCCCCCAAUAUACCUGAGCAAGUCAACCCAUGCAAUAAUGGAGUUUAUGGGUCUUUCCAUGGAUAGGUGGAAAGAAGGAUUCACCGCAGUCGAGGAGAUAUUCAUCUUUGCAUCGACGUCACGCUUCUUUGACCCUCGACGUUUCCGCAGACCUCAACUGCACUCGUUAACCAAGUCGGCUGGGGGCCGCGAGAUGUAUCAUGAGUUUACCGCAUGGGCACAGGGUCUGCCCCCCGCUACACAUUGCCUUGAAGCCGGACCGGAAGCAGUCGAGGAAGCAUUGGUGCAUUUUGGAAAGAAGGGGGAGUGGGAUGCGGCUGCCCUCGCACGUGAUAAAAGGUUGUGGUCAAAGAACAAUUUUAGCGGAAAACUGGUAGCGGAGUGGACGGGGCUCGGGUGGAAGGGAGUGAAAAUGGUCAUGGACAAUGUCAGAGCAUCGGUUGGCGGAGAAGAUAAGCUCUACGGGCGACCACUGCAGGACGUCAGAAACUUGGUUUUGGCGACCAAAGAUGCUUUGAGCCUCUGA